CGCGCACUUGUGCACUUGGAUCCAGAGCAGAGUUCAGCUGCUGCAGUUUUGUGCUCGGCUCAUUGUGCAGAGCAGCUGCAGACAUGGCCCAGCAGCGCAGCGGGAUCCUGAUUAGAGGAGGUCGGGUGGUGAACGACGACUGCUCUGUGAUCAGCGACGUCUACAUCCAAAAUGGGAAAAUAGUUGAAGUUGGACCGAAUCUUCAGAUCCCAGCGGGAGUGCGCGUCAUAGACGCCACCGAUAAACUGGUGAUCCCGGGCGGCAUCGACACGCACACGCACAUGGAGCUGGCCUUCAUGGGCACCAAGGCUGUGGAUGAUUUCCAUAUCGGGACCAAGGCUGCUGUAGCAGGAGGAACCACUAUGAUCUUGGACUUUGUCAUCCCCCAAAGGGGCAAGUCUCUCCUGGAGGCCUACGACUGUUGGCGUAAGACUGCAGAUCCCAAAGUUUGCUGUGAUUACUCGCUGCAUGUGGCUGUCACAUGGUGGGGCGACCAGGUCAAGAAGGAGAUGGAGACUCUAGCCAAAGAAAAAGGUGUAAACUCCUUCAAGAUGUUCAUGGCCUACAAAGAUGUGUUCAUGCUGCAGGACUUCGAGUUAUACGCCGCCUUUGCUCAGUGCAAGGAGAUUGGCGCUAUAGCUCAGGUGCACGCUGAGAACGGAGAUUUGAUUGCUGAGGGGGCUAAGAAGAUGUUGUCCAUGGGCAUCACGGGCCCCGAGGGUCACGAACUGUGUCGGCCAGAGGAGGUGGAGGCCGAGGCCACCCAACGAGCCAUCACCAUUGCCCACGCUGUCAACUGCCCUCUGUAUGUGGUCCAUGUGAUGAGUAAAUCUGCUGCCAAGGUGGUGUCUAGUGCACGCAGAGACGGCCGUGUGGUGUUUGGGGAGCCAAUUGCAGCUGGAUUAGGUACUGAUGGUACCCACUACUGGAACAAGGACUGGGCCCAUGCUGCCUCCUUCGUCAUGGGCCCCCCACUCAGGCCGGACCCCAGCACCCCCGGGUUCCUCAUGGACCUGCUGGCCAACGAUGACCUGAGCGUGACGGGGACAGACAACUGCACCUUCUCCGUGUGCCAGAAGGCCCUCGGCAAAGAUGACUUCACCAGGAUCCCCAACGGAGUGAACGGCGUGGAGGACCGAAUGUCUGUCAUCUGGGAGAAAGGAGUGCACAGCGGCAAAAUGGACGAGAAUCGAUUUGUGGCUGUCACCAGCAGCAAUGCAGCAAAAAUCUUCAAUUUCUACCCACAGAAGGGCCGUAUCGCCAAAAACUCAGAUGCUGAUGUGGUUAUAUGGGACCCCGCGAUGAAAAGGAGGAUAUCUGCCAAGACGCACCACCAGGCUGUGGACUACAACAUCUUUGAGGGCAUGGAGUGCCACGGCGUUCCCGUCGUCACCAUCUCGAGAGGCAAAGUCGUCUAUGAGGAGGGGCAGCUGCACGUGUCGCCAGGACACGGCAGCUUCGUCCACAGAGAGCCCUUCUCUGACUUUGUUUACAAGAGAAUCAAGCAGCGAGAGCAGGUGCGGAGACCGACGGCUGUGAUCAGAAAGCCCUAUGAAGGCAAGGUCAUUUCAUUGUGAACCUCUCACAGAGAACAUGAAAGCCUCUCUGCAAGUCCAGCUGUGGGUCUGCACUACAACCCAGAGACCACCAGAGCCAUAAACAAAUUAUUUCUUUUUGUCAUAUGAACCUCAUUCUGCAUCAUUUUAAAUUUAAAAAUGGGACAGUAUCAAACUUAGCUAUGCAUUGAGAUGACUGUGUCCUGUCCUGGUGUGGGAUGUUGGGCCUGAAGUGAGGCUGGCCAUCUUCUGGAAGAUAACGCCACAUCAUGCGUUUGCAGUUGUGUUUGGUUUCCAGGUCAGCUCUGCUCGCUGCACAGGUCAGUGGAACCCACUCAGCUGCGGAAAAUCGGAUUUGGUCUGACAUAGAUGUUAUGUAAUCAAGUAGCUCCAUUUAAGAAUUGAAGAAAAAAAAAUCUUGUGCAAUGAUUACAUGGCUAAAAAUGAAGUGAUGCAAAAAUGUGAUUAAUUACUUCAUAUUUGUGCAAACUGUGUUAAUUAUGCAAUAAAUCUACAGUGAACACAGCAUCUGCAGAGGAGACUGCGUCUGCAUCUCUCUCUUAGAGCAGCUUUUCUUAUCUUUACCCCAUUCUCGCAAAUGCUUGUUGCCAUUGGUAACGGGGCCGAUGUUUCUCACCCAAAAGCAUCCUUCUCUUUGAUUAAAUAUUCAUAAAAAUUAA